AUGGGUUACAUCAUGAGGGACAUAAAUCAAACAGAUGGUGGGCGAAUCAAGAAGAUCGGAUGCCCAAAUGUACUCAAACCCCUAAUGGCCGUUCACGUGAAGCUUCUGGCCGCCGAUCUCCUCUCCCUCGCCGUCCACUACACCUCCCGCCCUCCCUCUUUCACCCGGAAGGGUAAACCCGUAUCGCGAGCCGAAGCCGUGGGCGUGGUGGUGAGCCGCGAGCGCAAGGACAAGUACCUCUCCUUCCUGGUGGACGACGGCAGUGGGUGCAUACCCUGCAUCCUCUGGCUCAACCACCAGUCCGACCGCGAGCGCGACCUCGGCGUGGCCGCUGAGAUGGCUCGCGAGGAGGCCGCAGCCGUGCAGCUGGGGAAACUGGUCCGGGUCAGGGGGAGGAUCACGGCGUACAGGGGGGUGGUGCAGAUAACCGUCGGGGAUGUGGUGGUGGAACGGGAUCCCAAUUCGGAGGUGCUGCACUGGUUGGAUUGCGUUAGGUUGGCCAAAUUCUGCUACGAUCCGCCUCCUUGAGCUCUUGCGGGAUGCAGUACACUACGGCUCCGACACACACCAAGCAUACGGGAAAAGAAGAAGAGUAUGAUCCUGAUCUCCUUUUGCAGAUGUUAGCAAAUACUUUCACGGAGGACCGGAAGCUUAGAAUGGCUAGCAACACUACACUAACUGUGACACCAAAUUUGCUGAUAAACCCCGAAUUCCUUGUCAGAUCGCAAGCUGAUAAACCUCUGGUUUGCAUUCAGAUAUCUGGUUCUUGUGAAAAAUGAAUGCUGAAUCAUCAUGUCAUAUUGGCGAAGAAGAAUAUAACGGACAAAGGUGUGAUCAUCUCUCUGUGAAAGAUUCAACUACAUUGCAAUGGGCAUUUUUCACUUGAGUUUUUUCUGUGCCAUUUUGACCAAAAUUUCUAGUUGGAGUAUGGUUUUGUGUGAAAUGUCUUUGAUACAUCAUUUGUUUCUC